UUCUUCCUGACUAUUUGGCAUUCCAUAUAUUAUUUUUGAGGUUAGGUGGUCUCAAGUAAAUAACAAGUCAUUGGUAUAGGAUCAAAUAGCCCAAUUCGGGAGCAGUAAAUCCAAAUAUGACAGACUAUUUUAGCGAAAUGGGGUGGCGAGAAUUACGAGAUGGAGAAACUCCAAACCAACUAUUACAUUUGGCCAGACUGUUUAGAGAUUUCAAUAUGUUUCAAGAACUAAAUUCGCUAAACGGCGAAAACCUUCCUCCUGCGGCAUCCAAAGCUGCUAUAGAAGCCUUGGAACAAGAAGUCAUUGAAACCUCGGGUAUUCAGUGUCCUGUCUGUCUAAAAGAACAUUCCAUUGGGGAAGCAGUUAAAAAACUGCCCUGCGCCCACAAAUAUCAUGCCGAGUGUAUCCUACCUUGGCUCGCAAAGACAAAUUCUUGUCCUUUGUGUCGUUACGAACUACCAACCGAUGAUGAUGAUUACGAGGCUUGGAGGAAAGAGAAAAAACGAGCGAAAGAUCGUGAAGCUGAUAUAGAGAAUCUACAUAAUUCAAUGUUUUCAUAGUUUUAGGUAUCAAAUAU